GGUUAAUAUCCAUUUUAGAUGUCACAAUCAAGUUAAAAAUGAGUCAUUUGUAAGUAUAACACUUAAGAGUUUUUGAGUAGAAAUGUAUUGUGCAAAGUUUGUUACUUCUAAUGUUGUACUUAACCCUUUCUUUUCAAUAAAUAUCAGGGUAAUGACACAUAAGUGUUAUCUGGCUGAUAGGAUUUCUCCCUCAGGAGACAAUGGGUUAACUUUGAUGUGGCUACUUAACUGGCACCACAUGACCUCAUCAAAAUCACCCAAUCUACCAACACCAAUAGAUGGAGAGAUGCAGGGAGUUUGCUUGCUUACAUUGUUCACUGGCAGAUCUGGGGCCCAGGCCCUCCCCCUCCCCCAGGAUAUGCCUAGAACAAAAUUACUGCACCAUU